ACCUGCGAAACUCUCCGCCAAAAUCUCUGCCACGCGGAGACACCUGAGCAGGGGAGGUUCGAGGCGACGCACGGGUUUGAAGACAGAUUUCAUCAGUGCAGCAGGUGGCUUGCAGUCGGACAAGAUAACCUCACAAGAAAGAAUUUACAGUGCCGUGUACUGUGCAAUGAGACAUAUCCUGCCCUGAAGGUCCUGUCACUCCAUGCAACGCUUUCCUCAUCACAUUGCACCAAUGGACCCUCAGGUGUGUCCGCCCCCUCUUAGCAGCAGCCAAUCAGUGAUGAGCGGCCUUGACAAAUCCCCGGCCAGUGCAUUCAUACCUAGCCACUCGCGGAACAACAGCACUGGCUCCUCCAAACAUUCAAAGCAGUCUCGUCACUGGGAGGUGAUGGACGACUUGCAGCAGCUGGAACAGUGUGCAGGUCCUGGCUCCUCUCUGGACCUCAGUAUCCCUGGGAUCUGUGAGGGCUACUUGAUGAAAAGGAGGAAAUACCCACUCAAAGGCUGGCACAAAAGAUACUUCCUGCUGGAGAAGGGAAUUCUGAAAUAUUCAAAGUUGCAGCAAGAUAUUCAGAAAGGAAAGCUGCAUGGCUCUCUGGAUGUUAGCCUGGCUGUCAUGUCCAUCAACAAGAAGUCCAAACGCAUAGACCUGGAUGCUGGAGACAACCUCUACCACCUCAAGGCAAAGAGCCAUGAUCUCUUCUAUAUCUGGUUGACCAAGCUGUGUGCUCAUCGUGUAUUUAGGAAAAACGAGGCGAUGAGUGUCCAUCAUGGCGUCCUUCAUGCUCUCUCCUUGGGUCAGACCACCCUACCAGCUAUAUCAACUCUCGCUCAGAAAAACAGAGCCACGCCGUCUCACUAUGCCAGCUCAGCAUCACUGUAUCAAGCAGAGGCGGGAACCCCUGCUCCAGCCGUCGCAUCACAUCCAGGGGUCACCAGCAAGGUGUCAGCCUGGCUGCAGCAGACCCAUGACAUUGAUGCAACCUCCAACGAUCUGGCUCGCUGUCAGGCAGAGCUGACAGAACUGGCCCAGCUCAUCCAGCGACUCCAUUGGCUUGAGGGAGGCCUGCCAGUCACAAACACUGAUCUAGAGAUGCGAAUCAGCAUGCAGAAUCUCUCCCUGGAGAAACCUAAGAGGAAGACCGGGAAAGGAGUUGGUCACUCCAGGACCAUGUCCCGUGUUGAAGCCAUGGGGGGAAUAUUCACUUCCAGCCACCUGAGUACCAACUGCGGUUCUGUUCAGUCCAUCCCGGAAUACGUUUACUCUCAGCUGUCCAACCCUCAGGUCUCCUCACCUGAGGCCAAGAAGCUCCACCAGGACAUCUGCACUGUUUCCCAAAGGGUUCAUGUUUCUCUCAAGUCCAUUCAUGAGGUUUUGACCUUGGAGAGAGAGAGACUUAGGCAGGCCUGGACUGGCCCAGACCUGAGGCAGAACACCUCACAUCAGCUCGCUACACUGUGCAGCACACUGUCUGAGCUUGACAUACAGUCUCAUCUGACCAAAGUCCACUCGCUUUCCCUGUCCUCUGACUCUACUGAGGAAUCAUUCUGCACUGUCCGUGUGGACCAGAGGACACCAUCUAGUCGUCGUAGUCAUAGUCACCGUCCACCUUCAGUGGCCGAUUCCAUGGCAGAGUAUUUUGAUGCAAAUGAGGUGAUCGUGUGCGACAGCUCAUCUGAGGCCGAAGCGUCGGAUGAGUCAGGGCUGAGUGACAUCACCACCACAAGCACCUCAGAGCCUGAAGAGGGACAUGCCACUGCUACCCUCAACUACCGAGCCAGUCUGAACAACGCUCCUGACAAACCCAGCCCAGUGCCCACUGAUACAGGUCGUCGCACCGUCCUCCCUGCCACCGGAGCAGACAACAGCCACAUUGGCAUCAUGACCAUCCUGUAUAACAACAUAGGCAAGGACCUGUCCAGAGUCUCCAUGCCUAUCGCUCUCAAUGAGCCACUAUCUUUGCUGCAGAGAGUCAGUGAAGAGCUGGAGUACUCCGAGCUGCUGGACAUAGCCAACCAAAUUGAUGAUCCAUAUGAGAGAAUGGUUUAUAUGGCAGUGUUUUCCAUCUCCGGAUAUGCCUGGGCAUCCUGGAGGUAUCGCUACAAACCUUUCAACCCUGUUCUGGGAGAAACAUAUGAGAGUGACAGAGAAGACAGAGGCUUCCGCUACGUCAGUGAGCAGGUCAGCCAUCACCCUCCCAUCUCAGCCUGCCACGCAGAGUCAGAAAACUUCACUUUCUGGCAAGAUCAGAGAUGGAAAUACAAGUUUUGGGGGAAGUCAGUGGAGAUCAUCUCUAGCGGACAGGUCAACGUUACCCUGCCCAAGUACGGUGAUCACUAUGAAUGGAACAAGGCAGUGACGUGUAUCCAUAACGUGCUGAGUCAGCAGCGCUGGUUGGAGCACUAUGGUGAGGUGGUCAUCAGAAACACAGAGAGUGACAUCUGCACCUGCAAGAUCACCUUCGUCAAGUCUCGGUAUUGGAGCUCAGAUAACAGUAAGAAUGAGGUCCAGGGUGUGGUUCUGGACCGGGCUGGAGAGGUGGUCCAUCGUUUUGGAGGGCUCUGGCAUGAGGGCAUCUUCUGUGACACACUGUCUACCCCAAAGUGUAUCUGGAAGCCCAACGUGCAGCCUGAUGACUACCACCAGUUCUAUGGCUUUUCAUGUUACGCCAGAGAACUAAAUGAACUGACGCAUGACCUGAAGGCCGUCCUUCCACCUACAGACACGCGCUUCAGACCAGACCAGAGGCUCCUAGAGGAGGGGAAGUUAGCAGAGGCAGAGAAAAAGAAGGAAGAGGUGGAGGAGAAGCAGAGGGAGAGGAGGAAGGAGAUGGCCAAGAGAGAAGAGGAGCACAUCCCCAGGUUCUUCAGGAAAGCUCUGGAUGAGGCCGGCCGAGAAGUGUGGCUGUACAACGGAACCUACUGGCAGCUCCGCAAAGAACCAGGCUUUGCCAAAACUGAAAACCUGGACCUGUGGUAGAACACUGCACCUAGCUUAAUGCUGUGCCUGAAUGAAACUAGACAGGAGUUAAACACACGGUGAUGAGAGGAACUAUGCAGCCCUCUGUUAGUAAAGAUCAUUAAUUGUACCCUUGAUGAAUGCUGCAAACACGUGUUAGUGCAAUAAAGCACACAUGAAUAUACUCUAGUGACUCAUCAACAAAGAUCCAGAGGUCUGAGGAGAGAGGCAUUUGAAAGCAUACAUGAACCUCUCACUGUGUUAUUUUUGUACCAUGUAGAGGUGAAUUGCCACUAUGGAACCAAUGAAGACUGAUUUAGACAAAGCCGGAUGUCUUUCCAGCCUUUUGCCUACCCCUUACCAUAAAACUUAAAUAUAAUCAUUCAUGAUUCAAACGAAAAUCUUAACUUGAAAAUUCAGUUUUUUAACCCUUUAUCACUGCCCCUUACAAAAUUGUGAGUGAAAAUCAGCAGGUUUUUGUUAGGAUUUAGGCCUCUCUCUAUGUAAAGUGUCUUAUAUCAUAUUUGUGGGAUGAAUGUCAGAUUAUAUGUUAUACUUUUGUGACUUUUAAGAUGUCUAUAUAAAUAUUUUUAGUCAAUCUCAUUUUUAUGACAGUGAUAAAUUCAUAACUAAAUGUCAAAUGCCUCCUGCAGAGAAAUCCAGAACACUUGGAGUAAUUCUGAAGCGCGCUGGGGGCUUGUGGGGUGUUUUUACAGGUGAACUGGUGCUGUCCUGCUCUCUUUCUCAGUGGGUCCUACUGUAUAAACUUUAUUUGUAAAGUUGGUGCGAAUUUAUUUUCUGAUGUUUAAUAGUGGCACAUCGGUGACACAUUGGAUGAAUCUUGCACUACUCCUGUUAGCCUAGCCUUCUUCCUCUCACCUGUAUGAGUUGUUGAUGUUCAAAAUGAGUUGAAAGAUGAGGAUUGCGUCUCUUGGAUCUUUAUGCUCUCAGUUGAUGCAAUGAAGUAUUUUUUAUUGAUGUUUCAACAAUAGAUUUUAAUAAGGAAAAGAGACUACUGUUAAAAGCCUGUCAUGUUUUUUUCUUAAUGGUUUUGUUUCAAAUAAAAGGUUUAGUAAUCGA